AUAAAUCGAAUUCUAACCCGGGUUGAAAUAGGAAACCGAAAAGCAAUAGAUAGGGGUAGUUUAGUAAUCACAACUGUAUCGUCGUCCCCAUUAAAGCCAUAACUUUUUAGGGCUUUUUUCUUUUGAAGAUUUCACUUUUUACAGUUCACUCUCCCUCGCUUUCUUGGUACCAGAUCUCGAAUUCUACAGCCGGGUUUCACAGAGCCUUUUUGUUAAAAAAAUAAAUUAAAUUAAAUUAAAAUGUCGACUGGAGAACUUGCUUGCACAUAUGCUGCUGCUCUUCUUUACGACGAUGGAAUCCCCAUUACUGCUGAGAAAAUUGCAACAAUCGUCGAAUCUGCAAAUUUGAAAAUUGACUCAUACUGGCCUGGAUUGUUUUCCAAGCUCUUUGAGAAGAGAAGCAUUGAAGACCUUAUUUUGAAUGCUGUUUCUGGCGGCGUACCUGCAGCUGUUGCAGCUCCAGUUUCUGGAGGCAGUGGUGACUCUGCUGCCCCUGCUGCACCUGCUGCUGAGGAGAAGAAGGACGAGCCCUUGGAUGAAAGUGAUGAUGAUUUGGGAUUCAGCUUAUUUGACUAGACAGUUGCAGUUGAAAAGCAGUGGAUCUCAGUUUAUCAAAUGGUAUGGCAGGACUUCUACCAAACAAAAAAUGGAUAAACAUUCAUCCAGUUACAAGCCAGUGGAUAAAAAUGGUGUAGCAGGACCUUUACGAGUCAAACAAAUGGAUAAACAUUCAUCCAGUUAAAAAGCAAUGGAUCUUGAUUACCAAAUGCUCUGGCAGGACUUUUACCAAACCAAAAAUAGAUAUAUGUGACAUGGCCAUUAGUUUUAUUAUUUGAAAAAUAAAAAUGUUUGAAAUAUAUGGAUAAGUAAAAGAUUCAAUGUAAGCCAAUUUUGCAUUUACCUUCUUAGCUAUUACGUUC